AUGCAGAUGUCCGACCCUUCCAAACCAUCAGAGAUGGGACUCCCUGAAAUCAUUUCAAUUCUGGCUCCAUUGCAGCCACCAGGACCCACCAAUCUCCCGGUUCCUGAACCUAGUGGAACAGACAUCUUGCAGAGCAUCCAGGACCUUGGCAGGAGAUUCAAUCUCCUUGCAACCAAUGAGCGGAUGGACGUGUUGGAUGCAAGGGUUGAUUCGGUGGAGGACAGGUUUGGAUGGAGGCUGAUGGUGCUGGAGAACCAGAUCACUGCCUUGGAUGCGCAUUGGCAGUCAGUUGGAUCAUCGAUGGAUAAUCUGUCAAUGUCCUUGCAAAUCCAUAAGGACGAUCCGGCCGCUCACCAUCCUGGCUCCUCCAACUGCACCAAAUAUGCCCUGCAAAAUGCCCCUGUUGAUGAACACCUGGGAAUCUCGACUGUCGGUAGGGAACACAACCAUGAGUGCAAUUAG